UGUAACCGAACUGAUUGGAGUUACAGGCGAUGGUGAUUUUUCUCACAAAUGUACAGAAGACACAAAUAUUUCUGGUGGUGUGUCACUUUUUUGUCUAACGUGCUAGUGCGGUGUACUCGGCUAUGUUGAACGUCGCGGGGAGGGCGUCGUUUUUGCGACCCUACCAGGAGAAUUAUGGAUCCUCGCAGUUUUCCCUGGUGGAUAGGGCAGGUAGCCCGUGCUCAUCGUUAAGACAUCAGAAUCUGAGUGACGAGGCUGGUUUGUGUCAAAGCAUCAGCGACCUGUCUGACGACCAGUACCUGUCCUACGGCUCCAUCUUUCACCAGCUCAAAGAGGUUCACACGGAAUGCACGGACCCGUGCGAAUUCAUGCACAGAGCUUUCGAAAUUAUCUGGCUGUCAUGGGCUUUAACAAUCUUUUUGAUUUUGCUGGCAGUACUACCAAUUAUUAUGCUUGUAAUGGGUACAUCCUACAGAGACGACUGCCCCAAAGAGCCCAAGAUUCCCAUCUACCACAUGGUGGGCGGAACCUUCGGCCUCCUCAAGGUGCUGCUAAUGCUAUGGAGACAGAAGCAGUCCCGCAGCGACGACUUCUCGGACGAAGAAGAUGAGGAGGACGCGGUGAUGUCGCGCUGUCUCAAAUUCACCGGGUACGUGCUGAGCAUCUUCCUCGCUAUGUGGUUCGCCGUGGGUAAUGUGUGGUUCCUCGGUAUUUGGAAACCCAAAUUCAAACAGCCGCUGCACGAGCCCGGGAACUGGUGCAGCGAACCGCUGUACAUGUUCACCUUCUAUCAAAUCGUCACCUGUUACUGCCUUAUCGGUCUGGCGAUCCUCGUCCUCAUCUGCAUAAUGCUCAUGUAUGCUAUGUACCGAUUGCGGAAAAGUCACGUAGCUGCCUCGUCCUAAAUGUAAAAGAAAACAAGAAACAAACAAACAAACAAACAAAGGAAAGAAAGGAAAGGAAAGAAACAAAGAAACGGUUAUUGUUCCUUUUUUCUGUCUUUUUUAAUUAAACAAAACAAUUUACAACGAUGAAACAGUCCAGCAACCCACUCCUUUCUCUACAGUUUCAAGAACAUGAUCCAUGCCAAUGAAAAUUUGACAUCUGUGCUCAAGCAUCAACUAGAGAAUAUGAUUAUUGGGGGUUUUUUUUGGUGGUGGUGAUUGUGAUUAUCGCCACAGUCCUAAGAAGGUCCAUGGACGUCUGUCUUUUGGCACUCUCCGACUUCUUCUGGAUAUCUGCUCCCAUACUGGGAACACGUAAGGGGAUAUACAUCACACCAUAACCACAAUAUAUAACUGUUGACAACGAAAUGAAUGGUGAUGCCGCAGUAUUUCCACCUAGGUGUAGGACUACUUAACAUAGUGAGUAUUAAUGGGGCCAUCUUGGCAUCACUUCAAAUCAGGACGCAUGGAACUUUGCAAUGAAUGCUUGCUGCUUACCGAUUAAGUUAAUCUUCCCCUAUGUGACACACCCAUUAUAAGCGCCAUCAGGAAGAGGAUGACAUUCGGUAUCGAGGAUUUUACACUUUAAUGCGAGUAGCGAUGAACUUGUACUCAGUAUAACCUGGAGAAGGAACCGGAAUGAAAAAAAAAAAAAAAAUCCUACACAGCACUGAAAAAAGGAACGGUUCGGUUUAAUAUCCCGUUUCGCUUGUUAUCAAAUGCAUGUAAUUGCUUUUGUAAAUCUAUGUCAGAUAUAUUGUUAGAUGUGUGUAGAGAUGGUCAAACGAAAAUAGUUAAAGAAUCUUGAGAAUAUAUUUUUGACGGUAAAACAUAUGGAACGUGCUGUUCUUGAAUUUCCAUGUCCUUUGUGUGUAUCCUUUAGGUAGGAGUAAAUGUUGUUACAUUCUACAUUCUUAAUAUGCUAUUCAGACUAAAUUCUGAGUAUAUACUGUUAAUAUUAAUACUUUUGCCAUUUGCCAUACCAUGAUAUAUUUUGGAUUCUACAUAUUGCCUGGAUUACAAACAUGGUGGACACCACUGACGUGGUUAGUUGUAUAAUGUAUUAAAUUGGAGACAGAACGUUUAAGCUGGCUAGGACAGAACACGAAUCCAGUGCCUAUUAGCACCGAAGCUGAUGAAUCCAACGAAUCUGAUGAUUAUGUUCGUGUUCCAACAGAACUAACAAUUUUCAUAUAACCCAAGUUCAAAAGAAAAUAAUAUAUGUACUUUUUAAUGUGAGAGAGAGAGACAGAGACAGAGAGACAGAGAGACAGAGACAGGGAGACAGAGACAGAGACAGAGACAGAGAGACAGAGAGAGAGAGAGAGAGAGCUGAUCUAAACAUAAUAAAAUACGCAAAAAAGGGUUAUAUUUAUAACGCAAUAUCUUUUUCAUAAUUGCGACAUAUUUAUUUGUAUGUUGAAUGUAUUCAUUUUGAGAAAGAUUGCAUAAAUAACGUGUAAUAUAAUAUAAUAUAAUAUAAUAUUGUGCAAAACAAUCCGGAUUUGUUUUUUAAAUCGGUGUUUUACUUUUUUUUAAGAUAUGUCACGUGAUGAUGCUUUGAGCAGACGACAUACUUUUUGGUCACAACGAUGUCUGAGAUAGACAACUGGCCUCGGUGGUGCAUUGGUUAAGCCAUCGGACUACAGGCUAGUAGGUACAGGGUUCGGAGCCCGGUACCGGCUCCCACCCAGAGCGAGUUCUAAGGGUUCAAUGGUAGGUGUACGGCCACUACACCCGUAUCUUUCUCACUAAACACUAACCACAAAAGAUACCGCUCAUGACAGAUGAGCAUAAACGGACAAGAGAGGACUGGUGUAUCGCCCAUCGUGACUAUGACUUUGACAACGUGAUAUUUACGGACGAAAGUAGGUUCCAGUUUUACCGAUGUACACGAAAAAGGUGAGCUAAAUUUGGACAUUGUCCAAAAAUGGUCUCAAAAAUAUCUCACCAGCAGUUACUGUAUGGGGAGGCAUAAGCAAAUUGGGAUUGUCUCCCCUAGUUUUGGUUAAUGGAAAUAUUUCCUCUGUCAAGUACUGUGGAAUUUUACAGGAAGGAUUGCUAAACUAAAUUAUGACAAAUUACACUCCUUUACUUCUCCAGCAGGAUAAUGCAAGACCACACACUGCAGCAUACACCCGUGACUGGUUUGAACGGCAUCACAUGACCGUACUAAAAGGGUCAGCUGCUUCACCCGAUUUAAACCUUAUAGAAAAUGUCUGCCAGAUCAUGAAAGACCGUGUUGAUGAUGAUGAUAACUUGUUUAACGUGCCCAUAUACCACUAGGGUUUCGAACACGCCCAUCCCGAGUCCGACCUCUGAUAAGAUCGGUGACCCGA